AGUUAGGCGACGUCGUUUUGGCUUGCUGACAGUGGUUUGGAUAUCCAUGCCGGGAAACGUAAUUGAGCUUCAGCACUGCGCUCUCACCUUCAAUGGCGCUCAAAUUGCCAUUCCCCUUCCCCAUUUUCACUCCUCAAUUUAACCCUAAUUCAACUCCCUCGCACCGUACUCUUACCGAAAUCCGAUUCUCCCGUUGGAACAAUGCAAACGCCGAAAAAUUCGAGCAGCGCCGACGGUCUCAGCAAGAAAUCGAGGACGAAAUCCGCCGCGAACGCCGCUUCAGUUCCGCCACUAACAUUGUCGACCUCUGCGAUUCCGACUCGCCCUCCUCCGCCAUCGACCGGACUGAAACAUUCAGGUCUGUCGGCACUCCAUCAUCUCCAUCGAGACCUUCAAUCCCUGGUCGAAAAUCCAAGUACUCCAAAAACCCUAACCCUGGUUCACCAUCUCCAUUUCGUCAAGUUUCGAAGACCAAAAAGACCAUGAACGCACCUAAAGAAAGACAUAUUGGCGUAGAAGCUAAUGUUAGCCUAAGUGAAGAUGGAGUUUCGUUCGUAAUUGAUGGAGCUCCAUUUGAGUUCAAGUAUAGCUACACAGAAACGCCGAAGUUGAAGCCGAUAAAGCUGCGUGAACCGCCGUAUGCACCGUUUGGGCCGACUACAAUGCCGCGGCCGUGGACAGGGCGUGCUCCAUUGCCACCGAGCAAAAAGAAAUUGCCGGAAUUCGACUCGUUUCAGCUGCCGCCGAAAAAUAAGAAAGGAGUUAAACCAGUUCAGGCGCCUGGACCAUUCUUAGCAGGUUCUGGACCAAAGUAUGUGAUGUCGAGGGAAGAAAUAUUGGGUGAGCCAUUAACAGAGGAGGAGAUCAAGAUGCUGAUUCGUGGAUGCAUCAAAUCCAAUAGGCAAUUGAAUAUUGGUAGAGAUGGUUUAACGCACAAUAUGUUGGAGAACAUACAUGCUCAUUGGAAACGACGUAGAGUGUGCAAGAUAAAAUGCAAAGGAGUGUGUACGGUUGACAUGGACAAUGUGAAACAGCAAUUGGAGGAAAAAACCGGGGGCAAAAUCAUCUAUAGUAGGGGUGGGGCAUUGUACCUUUAUCGAGGUAGAAAUUACAAUUAUAAAACCCGUCCUCGCUUCCCUCUCAUGCUAUGGAAACCUGCUACGCCAGUGUAUCCUCGACUAAUCAAGCACAUCCCUGAUGGCCUUACACUGGAGGAAGCGACUGAAAUGCGUAGGAAGGGACGGAAAUUAAUACCUAUAUGCAAGCUAGGGAAAAAUGGUGUGUACUCUACCCUUGUAAAACAUGUUAGAGAGGCGUUCGAAGAGUGUGAACUUGUUAGGAUUAAUUGCCAAGGGAUGAACGGAAGCGACUUCCGGAAAAUUGGGGCUAAACUAAAGGAUCUUGUCCCUUGUGUUCUUAUUUCUUUUGAAAGUGAGCACAUUCUUUUGUGGAGAGGACGAGAUUGGAAAUCUUCCCUCCCAUAUAUAGAAAGAAAUCCUGAGGGAGCGAAGGCACAUGGAAUGAACGAGACAACUAUUGUUGCACCAUCCAUUGAACAAGAUGUGUCGGUUGAGAACACCUUGACGUCUUUGGAUUCUAGAGGCCUCUCAACGGGAGGAAAUGAGGACCCAGAUUCUAUGAUUGCCGAGAAGUCUAUCUCUGCCGAUGUCGAUUCAUUAACAACCAUGAUGCAUGAAAUCAAUUCUGUGUCAUAUGAUAUGGAAUCUACAGCGUCGGAUGACCAAACAUUGCACAUAUCUACCACAUCUGAGGAUUUGGAUUCAUGGAGCACAAUGUCUGGAGGUGAGAGUGAGAUAGAGUCGGGGUACGAAUACUCUGACUUUGACGAAGCAGAACCAAUGGAACCAUCGGAAUUCGAUUCCAUUGCAGCUACAGGGAACUCAGAAACUAACGUAGUGUAUACUUCAGAAGGUUCACAAGCUCUCAACAAACCAACAAGCAAUGCCACUGAUGGUGUUCUUCAAUUGUUGAAGCAAGCAGUCGAAAAUGGCAGUGCCGUUGUAUUAGACAGUUCUUCAUUGGAUGCUGAUGUCGUUUAUCAACGAUCGGUUGCCUUCUCUCAGUCUGCUCCUCCAUCACCCGUUUUUAAGCACGAACGAAGGAAGAAGGUAGCAGCCGAUAAGAGCAAGGAGGAAACAAGCAGAGAAUUGGAAGUGAAAGAAGAAGAGACUGCAGGAAAUGAGAAGAAGGAUUCUAAAACGAAAAAGAAGAAAAAUUUUGGUGAUUAUAAUUUCAGUUCACCACAAGGAAGCUUAGGAGUGGAUGAACUUGCAAAAUUAUUGGCUUGAUAUGUACAGUUAGAUACACUUGAUUAUAUUAGCCAAUUAUUAUUAUUUAUUUAAAAUCAA